UUUCUACGAAAACGCACAUACUGUUUUUAAGAGAUUCACUUGGAUACUUGUUGUGAAAAGGAGAACGCCUUGAUAUAUAAAUAAAUACGUACUUAAUUAGCAUUGUUGUGUGUCGAAAUACGUUUAUGCUUGUUAAUUUAAUUAACAAAUUGAAAUGAAUAUGUGAGGGCGGAAUGGAUUUUUGCGCGAUUGUUAAGAAGUGAAUUGAAGAACUACAACUGAAGGAUUGUUAAAAUACCCGGAAUUUAGAUAAUUUGUGACGUUUAUCAAAAUCAUUCAAUUUUAAGUUACAUGGAGAUAAUAUAUCAACAGAUUUCAGGAAAAUUGUCAACUACACAUAAAACACUAUUGCUAUAUACUCGCUAGUAAUUUAGGUGCUCAUAACAUUGGACAUAUGGAACGGAAACCACGCACAAGACGGAGGUCUAUAGUAGACAUUUUCGACUUGGUGAAUAGUAGUCAACAAGAAGACUUUAGAAUAGUUACAAAAAGUGGUAACACAACCGUGAAACUUGCAAAUAAUCCUAGCUCUAAGAAAUUCUUCUAUCCAAACAUUUUCAUUUCAGUUGUAGAACUAGAGUCAGCUUGGAUUUGUUUAAUUUUCUUAACUUGCUUUCUGUUAAGUUGGUUUACAUUUGCAUUGCUUUAUUUUGUUGUUGCUGAAGCAAAUGGCGACUUUGUACCGACAGAUGGUGAAACAAUACCAUGCGUUGAGGACGUCCAUAACUUUUUAGAAAUGUUUCAGUUUUCCAUGGAAACUCAGACAACGAUUGGAUAUGGCACGCGCUACGUUACAGACGAGUGUCCAACUGCUAUUAUAUUAGUUGUUAUACAGUCUAUACUAGGAGUCUUGAUUUUAACAGCCAUAACUGGAGUUAUUCUAUUUAAAUUUCAAUCUCCAAAAAGAAGAGCUCACACUGUAUUAUUCAGCAAAUUUGCAUGUGUUUAUGAGGAAGAUGAUGUAUAUUUUAUCGAGAUUCAGAUAUUAAAUAUGCAACGAUCUCAGCUAAUAGACCCAAAAGUUGCAGCACUAUGCAUCAUGAAUAGAGAAGAUGGGUCUGGGAAAUGUAGACUAGAUAUGGAAUUUAAUCCUUGUCACGAGAGCUCACGACUUUUCUUUAGACCUAAAGUGUUCAGACACCUUAUUGACAAAAGUAGUCCGUUCUGGGACUUUAAUCGCAAAGACUUUUUAAAGGGUGAUUACGAGAUUAUUGUUGUGGUCGAAGGCGUUGAUGAGUUCACAGACAGUUUUGUACAUGCUAGGACAUCAUACCUCCCAUCAGAAGUGAAAUGGAGUCGUCAUUUUAAACAGAUGACCGCUGCACGUAAAGGAAACAUUUUCAAGCUUAAUUUUAACGACUUUACCAGAACAAAGCGUUCAUAUGAUAUGACCGACGACAGUGCGUCUGUAGCUUCAAGGCGAAGUUCAGUAGAGAAAAAUGAUGAUAAUGAAAUACAGAUGUCAGAGUUUGUAAAUGGUGAUACAUAUCAAUACCAAUAACAAUUGUUUACUGAAAAAUAAACAAUAAGUUUAGGUCACAAUCAUCUAUCUGCAUAUAUUUGUAAAUAUAUAUAUUUGAAAUAAGAACACUUCACGUAGUUUAUGUUUGUAGUAAGGCUAUCAAUUUGUUCAAAGGGACAGCUGUCCAGUUUCUUUGUUGUGUUUACAUGCACACAUCAUGAUGAGGUUAUGUACACGUAUAUUUCAACUAAAGGUAUUACUAAAACUUGUAUCUUGACUCGAGCGGGUUUUACUAGACCAGUAUCUCGCGAGGCUCCGAAACACUGGGUGUGAUCGAUCCGUUCUGAUAAUAUAUCAGAGUAGAUCAAUGUUCUCUUAAAAUUGACCAUUUUUUUUAUCUACCUCUUUAAAUUAAAACUAUUCUUUUUAACCAUAACGUAUUCGUUGGAAUUACGUCAGCAUCGUAUACAAUACGGGCUAUAUUCUUGUCUGGUCGUAUACAAACAGUAAAAUAUGACAAAAUAUUUUAAUUUUUAAUAUUUUAAUAUUAACGUCAGGCCGCAUUCGAUGGCGAUAUGUCCGAAUGACGGAUAGUAUUGUGUGCGACGACAUGGCAUGUUUGUUUAGUGUGAAAUUUAACAAAUUUAAUGAAAUAAAAGUGAUUAAAACAUAACACGGACAUUUUAUUUGGGGUUGCAAUUGGUAUUACGCUUCAUAUGCAUAAUUUAAUUGCUCAUGAUUAAAUUAACCUAGAAGAUAUACAAUAUUGUUAACGUUACAUAAUGCGUCUUUCUGAAUAAAAUUAUGGUCAAAUUGUCAACUUGUUUCAAUUGUAUCGUAAUUAGAGUCAAUGUGUAAAGCUACAAUUUUACAAUCAAUUGAAGUAACUAGCUCUAAUAUUAGGGCAUUAUUAAUUGGUUUGACGUCAAGUUGCAAUUUGUGAGGGUUGUGUCAGUUGGUGUCCAUUCCCGGGCAGUUAAUGAGUUAUGUCAUGUUGUGACAAAUGAAGUAUGUCUUGACCGAUAAUAAAAUGAAGCUACACAGCGCGUUGCUUUUGUCAAUAAACAAUAGCAACAAGUAAAUAGACUGAAAUGUAUUUUGUAUGCAUAAACACGAAACAAAUGUGAAUAUCUAGACGCAUGUCAUAUUUUUAACGUUUUCGGCUAUGGUUUCAUUAAUAAGUAAUGCAUAAAAAGUACUCUUCUCUGCGUUUCUACUUACCCUGGACUACACCAAGCCAAUGUUUACAAUACUAUAUGUACUAACAAUUAUAUGUACUUAUAUACACAUAUCUACGUAAUAUGCUGCUCACAAUCUGCACAUAGCAAGUAUAGAAUAUGUGAAAAUUUGUCUCCGUUUUAUUUUCCUCAAUAU